AAAAAAAAAAACUCAUUGCUUCCUCUUCCACCUUCGCCUUCGACAACAAUGGCGACAAUGGCAGCGAUUGGGGCUUUGAAAAUCCCCGCUUCUUCCACUUCCUCUUUUUCUUCGAACCUGAACAGGAGAGCAGGGUGCCGUAGGAAUCUCUCGUUCUCAUCGUCUUCUCUCGCCGGCGAGAAGCUCGCCUCGCCGGAAAUCAUGGUUUCCAGUGGACGUACAGAGACCAAUAGCUGCGGAAAGAGGACUCCAACGAUCGUUUCCCCUAAAGCUGUCUCCGAUUCUCAGAACUCGCAGACGUGCCUCGAUCCUGAUGCUAGCAGGAGUGUGCUUGGAAUCAUCCUUGGAGGAGGAGCAGGGACGCGACUCUACCCUCUGACGAAGAAGAGGGCGAAACCCGCUGUUCCUCUCGGGGCGAAUUACCGUCUGAUCGAUAUUCCGGUGAGCAAUUGCUUGAACAGCAACAUUUCAAAGAUCUAUGUUCUUACGCAGUUCAAUUCCGCAUCUCUGAAUCGCCAUCUCUCACGCGCUUACGCGAGCAACAUGGGCGGAUACAAGAACGAAGGGUUCGUCGAAGUUCUCGCCGCUCAGCAAAGCCCAGAAAACCCAAAUUGGUUUCAGGGCACGGCCGAUGCAGUGAGACAGUACUUAUGGUUGUUCGAGGAACACAAUGUGUUGGAGUUUCUGGUUCUUGCCGGUGACCAUUUGUACCGGAUGGAUUACGAGAGAUUCAUCCAAGCUCAUAGAGAAACUGAUGCCGAUAUCACUGUAGCUGCUCUUCCUAUGGACGAGAAACGAGCAACUGCCUUCGGGCUGAUGAAGAUCGAUGAAGAAGGACGUAUAAUCGAAUUCGCAGAGAAACCCAAAGGAGAGCAACUGAAGGCUAUGAAGGUUGACACUACAAUCUUGGGUCUUGAUGACGAGAGAGCGAAGGAAAUGCCUUACAUUGCUAGUAUGGGUAUAUACGUUGUCAGCAAACAUGUCAUGCUGGACUUGCUUCGUGAGAAAUUCCCUGGAGCUAAUGAUUUUGGCAGUGAAGUCAUUCCUGGAGCCACCUCUUUGGGUUUGAGAGUGCAAGCUUAUCUGUAUGAUGGGUACUGGGAAGAUAUCGGGACAAUCGAGGCGUUUUACAAUGCAAAUCUAGGAAUCACCAAGAAACCAAUACCGGAUUUCAGCUUCUAUGAUCGUUCAGCUCCAAUCUACACACAGCCUCGUUAUUUACCUCCGUCCAAAAUGCUCGAUGCUGAUGUUACAGACAGUGUGAUCGGUGAAGGUUGCGUUAUCAAGAACUGUAAAAUCCACCAUUCAGUGAUCGGUCUCCGUUCUUGCAUAUCGGAGGGUGCAAUCAUAGAAGACACCUUGUUAAUGGGUGCAGACUACUACGAGACGGAUGCUGACAGGAGAUUCCUCGCUGCCAAGGGCAGUGUUCCGAUUGGUAUCGGCCGAGAUUCCCACAUCAAAAGAGCAAUCAUCGACAAGAAUGCCCGUAUCGGGGACAAUGUGAAGAUCAUCAACACCGACAAUGUGCAAGAGGCAGCAAGGGAGACAGAUGGAUACUUCAUCAAGAGCGGGAUUGUGACAGUGAUCAAGGAUGCUCUCAUUCCGAGCGGAACCGUUAUCUAAGAGACAAGACGAUUUCCCUAUCACACUUAAUGUCUUAGCAUCUAGUUCUUCCUUCCCACGACCUUCUCUUUCCAUGGCCGAUGGAAUAAAAUCUUAAUCUAUUCUCUAUA